AUGAUGCCGACAGGCUUACCAUCAUCUUUCUCUCCCAAGCGCAAACGAGAGGCCUCUGAAUCGGACUGCUGUAGCCGCUCAGCGUCACCCAUAUCGAUAGCCUCUAACGACAGUUUUAAGGAGGUUCCACUUCGGGACGAGGACGAGCUGGAAAGCUACAGUCCUCGAACUGUAGUGGCUGGAAAAUUCGGAGAGUUAGCCAUUCGUGGCGACCUUAUUUCGGACUCUAGAGCCUUGACCGGCGACCUACAGCACGGAUCUUUGGCUUUACCGACACAGAAAGCAUGCGAGCCUGACAGCCACCAGCUCAAGAACAUGCCUGAAGUCCUACCGGCCACUAGUAGCAAACCCAGUGGCCGCCAAGCGCUGCAAUUCGAGCCGCCCACCACACAGGAUCCGACUUCCAUGCCCAUUUCCCCCUCAAAGAAGAAGUCUGCAACUUUUCUUCGCAAGAAUUUGGAUCCCUCAUCGCCAUCUAAACGCAAGCAAAGAUUGUCCCCUCCUCUCGCGGAUACUCCAUCUGAAGAAGACCCGCUUGUUUGGCACGAUUCGGAAAUAACAGGCCACAACCCAUCCGACCCAACGGAUGAUGGAUAUGGAAUCAACGGCAUAGGCUUCAAACCCACUGCUUCAAUUGCGUGGGAAAGGUCACAAAAGCGACAAAAGCAGGUAGCAGAAUGGAAGAAUCGCGAAGCUAGGGAGGCUCGUGAAAGACGGCGUGAACGGAGGAGGGAUGGUAUUGAGCUAGACAACUUGCGCGGCAUCAACGAAGGUGCAAUUCAGAAGCGAGUGAAAUUCAAUUUCUAG